AAAUCAACAUGGCGGCGAAUGUCUCACGAGAAGGCGUUGUGCGUGAUGAAAAAGGCGACAUGUAUCUGCCUGCUACUCAACGACCAGACGGUACGUGGAGGAAGCCAAUACGUGUCAAAGAUGGCUACGUGCCUCAGGAGGAGAUGCCUGUCUAUGAGAAUAAAGGUGUUCAGUGGUUGAAGAGUAAGCCGGCAUGCCCUGGCUUACCCGUUGGAUAUACUCAAUUGGAUGUUGCUGGACAAAGCGGUACGGCCAGUAGCACGGCUAAUAUGUCGAAGUCGGCGAAAAAGAAUGCGAAACGAAAAGAGAAAAAGAAACAACAAAAACCGGAGGAGGAGGAUGAUGUAACGGCUAUAACGAGUGUGCUAGAAAAAGCCAAGAUUGGCUACAAAGGACCAAAACCACCAUCACAGGAACGGGACGACGGCCCGAAAGACCCCGAGAAAAAACUGAAAAGUCUCCGUAAGAAACUCAGACAAAUUGAAGACUUGGAGGAAAAAAUACAAAGUGGUGCGCUGCCAAAUCCCGAAAAAGAACAAUUGGCCAAGAUAUCGAAAAAACAGCAAAUACUCGAUGAAAUUGAGGUCUUGAUACGACUUGAAUUGUUGGCGGAAUAACAUGAUAACUUAAAGAAUUUGCCGUUUUAAUACUUGUCUGACUCUGAUGCAUGUUUUUGUGCAACGUUUACAUGUGCUUAGAACAAUGUCUGGAUCCUUUUUUCUUAGAAACUACCGUAUUACAUGAAAUGUUGCAUGCUAUUUGAAAAAUUAUUUGAAAAGUUUUUGGUUCUUUUUUCGAUUAUUGCAUCAAGAAUUGUUGUGCAAAGUUUCCUGUUUCAAAUUCAUGUAAGGUGAAAUAAGGAAACGGGAACAAGAGCAACACCACAACAGUUAACCAGCUUAAAGUUGAGUCUGGGAGUGUCAUCAGUUAAAUGACAUUUGUAAAGUUCGAACAGAUAAAUGUUGGGUUUUUUCUCAUUCACUGUGAGUCUGUACUCAUUACUGCCAAGAUCUCGGAGGUUGAGGUGAAAGUGAUCAUGUUUUGAUAGGUAAGUGUCUUGUCAGAUUUGUUGCGAGGCUUAAAAAGAUCGUCGUCAUUGUCAUUGUCAUCAUAAUCAUCAUCAUUGCGGUAUCAUUAAUAAGCCACUACAGAUUAUAUUUUUCCCUGAAAAGGUACGUGAUUCGUUGGGUAGCAAAUCCAUGUUUCUGUCUCUAGACCUCAUUAUCAGAAUGUGAAAUCUUUUCAUCAUCGUCUUCAUGGCAUGUCUUAAAUAUACUAAUAAGUUAUUUUCAGUUUGAAUAAAAAAAUUAAAUGUU